GGACACGCGUACGUCCGGAGGAAGCUCCAUUCCGCUCGAUUACGCUCCAAGAGAAUAUUAUAUGGAGGAACUAUUAAGGGCGGUUCGCUUCUGCGGGUAACAGCUUCUCGAGCAUAAUGGUAGAAGGAUCCUUCUAUUGAAUAAACCCACGUCUCGCGCGUGAGGUUGGAAGAGGUAUAGUAGUACAACGUAUUCUAUUGAGCAACAACGACAACAACAACGAGAAGGAGAACGACGAGGACAACGAGAACGACGACUUGAAGCAAAGUUUGCCAAAGACUGUUCGGCCGAGUACAGGCUGGUAGCAUAGUGUGACGUGUGAGAUAGUAGAGGAAGUGGUGGUGGUGGUUAUGGUGGUGGUGGUGGUGGCGAUGGUGAUAGUGGUGGUGGUGUUGGUAAUGAUGAUGGUGGUAGUGCUAAGAUACAACGUGGUUGUAGGUCCACGAGAUACAACACAUACUACCAGCCUACGUGUUUCUUCUUUCUAUGUGUAGUGUCAGGAGGCCUCUUACGCUCGGCUCACUUUGUGCGAGGCGUCAGUGACUUCGCGUCCGCCGCUCCGAUCGGAUCUUCUCCUGGAUCAAGUACACGAAAGCUCAUGUCUUCGUUCGUACAUCGUUCGUUGAGUAUCUGAAAAGCAUUUAAAUAAAAUCCAUUAAAAAGAAGUCGUGAAUAAUUUUGAUUAAUGUGCUCCCCGACGAGCCUUCGAAACUCCAUAUUUAUUCUCUUAUAAAAUAGAUAUGAGAGAAGAGAAACGGUCCUGUAAAAACAUUCGACAUAUUAUUCAAACCUUUGAAAGAUGAACAUUCCAGAACUUCACUCCAAGUGGAAAAAUCUAGAUCGUUCGUUGUUUUAAAUAGAAUGCUAGGAGAAUUCGUUCGUUUAGAUCACGAUCUCUCUGGUGCGAUUUAAAAUCGCGCGAUAAGAAAACUGCUGCUGCUACUGCUGUUGCCGCUGCCGCUGCCGUUGCUGCUGCUGCCGCUGCUGCUGUUGCUAUUGCUAUUGCUAUUGCUGUUACUGUUGCUGUUGCUGUUCCUGUUGCUGUUACUGCUACUCCGAUCGAUCGCUUUGGUAUGCGAGAGAACGGAGCGAGAUAUCGAGGCAUUUGAAGGGCUCCCCAUGGCCUGCGAGAGAACGCAAAGCGAUAAAACUUGGAGAACGCAAGAGGGAAGGAGAAAGAGGGAUAUGUAUCUUACGUAGCACGUGAGAAAGCAGAGAUGCACCGGUAAAUCGUUAAACGCGACGGGGAUCGAACCGCGGGAGAUAACCUGCGUGCAAAAAAGAGAAAAACAAAAAAAAACAAAAAGAAAAGAAAGGAAAGAGAUACGUAUAGAGAGAAAGAAAGAGAAAAAGCGAGAGAAAAGAGAAAAGAAAGAAACAAUGAAGGAAGAAACGCAGUAUACUCGAUAGAUCCAUCUCGAUCGUGCAUCGGAAUCCUAUUGAAUCUUUUCCCGCCGUUUGAAUCGAUCUCGAUCGAUCGAUUGAAAAAAGUCCAGACUCGCGAGUGUAUUUUUCUUUCGGAAGCGUUUCAGAAACUAUCCGCGAGUAUCUAGAACGUGCCAAAUCGAACGUCUCUACGUACUACGAAUGCAAAAUCGUAAACCUCGAUUUCACUACGUACUGUUGCAGCUUGGUAACAGUUUAGCGUACAGUGAAUGAAUUUUGUCAUUAUCGAUAAAAAUUCAAGAGGGAAAUACGAAGAAGAAUCGAAAUAUUAGAUAAUAAAUAGAUAGGUAAUAAAAAAAGAAGGAAGGAAGAGAAGACAACACGUUAAAAGUGAUAGUGAAUGGCAGGGUACGAAGACGCCGAGUGACAUAAUCGAAGAAAGUGCCAGAGAAAGAAAGAGAGAGAGAGAGAGAGAGAGAGAGAGAGAGAGAGAGAGAGAGAAAGCGGUAUAGAGAGAGUAAGAGGGGAGAGAACCGAACCUGUUAUUAACCGGUAAACGCGCAGCCGCGCUCCUGUCAAGGUGGUGGUAAUGAAUCGGCGAGAAGGUGCAGAGAUUCGAAAUGCUUUUAAAGACAGGGAACGGUACGGUCAUCCGACCGGUGCGAAAAUCAAAUGACGAAUCGCCCGAGAGAUCGGGCACAAUGCUUCUUCUUCCUCAUGUGUUUCCUUUCUCGUACGGUCCUCGAGCUUUUCAAUCGUUCUAAUAGAAAAGAAAAAAAGAAGGAGAGGAGACUCGAUCGUGAUAUGUUGGAGAGGUGUUUUAGAGAAAAAGACAGAGGAAAAAAGAGAAGGAGUUGUGUCGUCCUUGUGAUCGGCUAGAUUAAGAAAGUAAGAGAAAAAGGAAUAGGAAGAGAAAAAAGUAAAAAGGAAUAAGAAAAAGAAGAAUAAAAACAAAGAAAAAUAAGGAAGUAUGUCGUCGAACGGUGAGUUCUCGACAAUGUCCAGCGAGGAAAUGCCCUCGUUACCGAAGAGUCUGCCGAGUUCUCGCGAGGCGACGGCCGAGGGUAGUUCCGGCUCCACUGGUGGAUAUAUGCCGCUUCGAGAGUUCCUAGACCGAUUUUCACUACCAAGGGUCGUCAGGCUUGAGGGUACCAGCGGCAGGCCUGUCCUCCUUUAUAAACAACAACAGAGAUCUCUUCGAGUCACUGCUACCUUACUGAUACAUCGAUAUCGACAUGACGUUAAAGUAGGACCAGAAAUUGUCAUUCCUGAAGGUUAUCCAGGAUGGUUUUCUGUGAUAUCUGGCAAUAACACAACAGGUAGUGCACGAGUCUACAGAAGGAUGGAAUCAUUGGUACGAGCCGGUGUGCCAGCUUUCCUUUUGGCGGCGCCAUUAAGAGCAUAUACACUUACGCACUCGAAAAUGGAAAAUGGGAAUCUUCGUGCUCACUACACAAAAACCACGAUACGGGCCGGUGAGAUACUGCGACUGAUAGCCGUUUUUCAAGAUACGAGAAAAUGUACCUCGGUUACUUUUGGUAUCUCCGGAGGAUCAUCGGAGAGGGAUCAAUACGCGCAAUGUUUGGAUCCUCAUGGACGAGAAGUGUUUGCACCACUCUCAGCGAGGGGUGAAUUUUACGCGAUAUGUCAGAAUGGAAGUACGGAUACUGGAAGCGAUGCAGUGCUUUAUAAAGUUCAUCAUCUUGCGAAAAGGCCUUUACCUUUGAGAGUACGACUGAUAGCAGGUCCAUUGCCGGUUCCAUUACCAAGAGAAUACGGUGGUUUGAUGCAACUGGAAUCUUCGACGCGUGGUCCUAUCGUUUUAGGAUGUAUAGUUCCAGAAAGGCCGGUCCAUAAUCCAGAAAUGCUGGAAUUAGUAGUAUCUGGUAAUGGUGCACCUAGAGUAAGAAGAGCACGAUUAGGUUAUCCAUCAGAAGCAAGAUUGUUGGCAUCACCGAAGAUGCAAAGACUCCUUGCAGCGUGCAGCCGAGCAGUCGGAGAUCGUGCAACGGAACCACGAGUGGCACCUUUGAAAUUACAUCCAAGCACGGAGAACUUAAAGGAGAUGCAUUUGAAGAAGAUUAAGCCGAAGCCGGAAACAAGACCGAUACUUCAGAGUUUAAGGGAAGGCCUGGAGCAACUGAAAAAGACUACUGUUAGAGAAAGAAGCCGGACGAGGCAGAAUUCUGGAAAUGGUUUUCUAGAGAGGAUCUCGAAGCUUGCUCAAGGUGGUCGUAACAGAAAUCCCGCUAAGAAAUCAGCGUCGUUCACAUUCGCUGUUAGACCCGAAGUCGCUAUGAAGUCUCAGGAACGCUACUCCAGUUUGGAGCCAGAAACUACCUCUCGACAGAGUCGCGCGGACUCUUCUAAACAACCUGUACAAAGAUCGGUGUCGACCAGUGUCUUAGAGGUUCCACCAACGAACAUCGAACUUCAACCGAAUUAUUCUCGCGUCCGUGACAGCCUGACACCUCUUCCGCCAGUUCCACAACCGACGAAGCCCAAAGCCGAUGAGAUUUACGCCGAGAUAUGCGACAAUAACACGACUGUCCAGAUACAAAACUGUCCUGGAAGUCACGUCAUGGCUAGCAUUAAGAUUAUCGUAAAGGGUAAUGACGCUCCAUUGGAAGAACAAAAUCCAAUCCGCAAGAAUAGAUAUAUCAAUUCGAUAAUAAUUAAUGAUCAGAUCGAUUCAAUUAUCAGCACAGAGGACGAAGUUAUUUACAAUACGAUAUUUUGAACAGAUUGGAUUACGAUUUAUCUAUUUCAACUAUUUUUUUUCUGGAGCCAUGAGAAAUACCAUGUAGAAAAUAGAGAUGGGCUGUGCUUCGUGAUCGAUAUCGCACCGAUCGUACUUCUCUCGUAGUUAUUCUUUUUCAAUUUGUAUUAUAUUUAAGUAAGGACAAUUUUUUCGAAUAAGUAUGCGUAAGUUUAGUUACAAGUCUAAUAUACUUUGUACAUAUCUUCUGCCACAUGUAUUAACUGUAAGAAGGUUACGUACGCGUGCAUAUUAAAACUGCAGAUCGCUCGAUGUAAUUAAUAAAAAAAAAAAAAAAAAAAAACAAAAAAAAAACAAAAAAAAACAAAAAAAAUAUGACUUUGUAAUUCAUGGAUGAUAAAGCUGAAAUAACACCAGUUACAAAUAAUCUUUUUAUCACCUUUUAAGAAUGACAAAAAUAAAUGUAUGUUCUUGAUGUCCCUUCCCUUUUUCUUUUUUAUUAACCUUUGUACAUUAAAUUUAUUUCGAAUUUCA